AUGCCUGACUCCGUAAGCUCCGUUGAAGGAUUGGACCUGAGGCUACGUGAGGUCCCUCAAUCCUAUUGGAGGAGUAUCGACUUGUGUGCACUGCCCGACGCAGAAACCUGCAGGACCAACAGACUUGACUUGCAUGGACCUCUGCCACCCGUGCCAGUCACUGCGAUCGCUGACAGCUCAGAAGGGUCCUUUUCCGAAACCUUGUCGUUCAAACAAAUUGGAGUCAAGGCCAUCAAAAGUGCUGAUGAUCGCUUGUGGUCAGAGAAACUUUCAUGGGAACGCAAGUGUGCCUACAAGAAGUGGGUAGGCAUCAUCCUGAGGCAGGUCGGUGCCUUUGACAUUGCCAGGCAACAGGCUACUUGCCAUGCUAUGGAGUUUGCCCGUGGUGGAUUGCUUGAAUCGGUGAAAGAUUCAUUAGGUACGAAAGCUUCUUCAACCUUGCAUGCAAGGGCUGGACCAAUGUUGCAAUACAUUCAAUUUUGUGAAGACAGAGGUAUACAAGCAUUUCCUUUGGUUGAGCCGGUUGUCUACGAUUAUGUCAAAUCGUGUGAAUCGAAAGCUGCGACAUAUGCCAGAUCCUUUUUGCUGGCGCUGAGCUUCACCAACUUCCAUUUUGGCCUUACAGGGACAACGUCCAUCAUGGGGUCUGGACGCAUUCGAGGUCUUGUCAACACUUUGUAUGCCAAGAAAAGGAAGCUGAUGCAGAGACCCCCACUGACAGUGACUCAAAUUGUACAUUUGGAGGGCUUGGUGCUUGAUGACAACAGAACCGAGUUCGACAGGAUUGCAUGUGGCUUUUUCCUUUUCAUUUUGAUGGGAAGACUGAGAUUCAGCGAUGGGCAACAAGUAUGUCAACUCAGGCUUGACCAACAGCCUGAUGGUUUUGGCUUCGUGGAAGCCGUGGCAGCCAAGACGAAAACCUCAGUGAGCCUUGAGCGGAAAACGAGGCAUUUACCGGUGGCAGUGCCUUUGCUACCUUUCGGGGACAAACCAUGGCUGCCAACCUGGCUGGAGCUCAGAAAGAAGGCUUUUGGGGACCUGGCCAACAGCAGGGAUGAAUUCAUCCCUCUUCUUCCGUCACCUGCUGCCAAUGGAGCCUGGUCCAGAGUCGCUUUCCUCAAAGGGAACCUGGGUUUGAAGUUGAAGAAGGAGAGGAGCUUAGCGAUUCAUCCUCUUCUGGGUCUGAGAAUGAAGAGGAACUUCAUCCCGAAGGAGAAGAAGGAACUUUCUGAAAACACGUUCAGCAAAGCGCCCGAAGUCGAGGACCUGGAACUACGUGUUGGGUCUUCAUUCAGAAAGGGCUUUUUGGAAGCAGAAGCAUCGCGGUCCAAAACCAGCACAACCUUGGACAAGAAGACCCAGUUCCUGCCGUUGACUGCACCGGUGAAGUCAGUUGGCAGUACAGACUGGGUCAGAGUGUGGAUGCAGCUGAGAAGGUCCGAACACUUGGAAGCGGCUGAAGGAAAGCCUCUGCUACCAGGGCCUCAAGAAGGUGGGACAUGGUCGAGCAUUCCGCUGUCGGCGAGCAGUGCCGCGCUCUGGCUGAGAUCCCUUUUGGAUGGAACCGAAGGGCCACCCAUAGCUGAGGUGGGUACUCACUCUUUGAAGGCGACGUGCCUCAGCUGGUGCAGCAAGUAUGGAAUGGAGUUGUCCAUGCGGAGAGCGUUGGGCUAUCAUCAUACUGCGGCUGAUCGCAGUGUCAACACCUAUGCCAGAGAUGCCAUGGCUGCACCGCUGAGGUGUCUCCAGGAAGUGAUCACCAGCAUUGUUGAGGGCAAAUUUUUUCCAGACAAAACCCGAUCUGGCAUGUUUGCUGAUGAUAGUGAACUUCAAGCUGCCCAAGAGCGAUACUCCGGAGAACCGGUGGAAUCCUCGAGCGAAUCAUCGGGGGACGAGGAGGAUCCUGAGUUUGGGCGAGACGAGGAGGCCAUAGAUAGGACGAAGGUGGAGCUGAGUUUUGCUGUGGCCGACGCAUAUCAAUGGCGUAUGUCAGACUUGAACGCCGCCCUCAAUUUUUGCACCCAGUGUGCACUACGUGUGAAAGAAUCGUUGAAAGGCAUGCAUCAUGAUGGGAUCCCUUGGAGUGCGUUGGGCACACCUAUUGUUGGCGAUGUGCCGGCUUGCGCAAUGGCGCAACAUCUGGGCGAAUUCGUGGAUUCGGAGGCAGUUUUCAAGAGCAGAGGCAAACUCAUAGGACUUUCCGAUGAGGUUCUUGACCUUUUCAGGGACGCUGAGAUCAAUACCAUGGGAAAGCUUGCAUUUGCAUCAUCUUAUGUGCCAGGGAGUGCUGAUGAGUCUGCCUUUGUUGACUUGGUGAAACAGGCAAUUGGUAGAGACGCAACCUUAGGCGAAAUGGCUGGAGUCAGGAGGCUCUUUAACGAGUCGUAUGCAGCGACCUCAGCUGAAAUGAAAUCAAUCGUAGAACAGAGUGAUGAAACACCUGCCAGACGACUGGCACCAGCAGAACGUUCAGAACGAUUUGAAUUUCAGCAGCAACGUUUGACAGGAAUCAAGAUCCAAGGCAUGCUUGAGCCUGGAGACAGCCUUGUGGAUGCUGCAGUGUCAAUAUAUGAAUCUGACAGGAUUAAAUACAUCGAGUGGCAACAUUGCGUGUCACGUGAACAUGAAGUCCUGACCUCAACGAAAAAAGACACAGCACUGAGUUUUGAUGCCAAUGGAGUUUUGAAGUUGAGCAAAAAGAACACGGUGACACCCUGUGAUGCAACCUCCGAAUUACAGGUGAAAUAUUGUUUGACGCGGCGAGGAUUAGCACUUGAGCAAGGAAAUGUCAUGUCCUUCGAGAACCACGAGAAGUGGGCUGAGAAGCUUCUAUCUUGCCGAUUGUCCGAGCCUCCAGCUGGGUACGCUCGAAUCACUUUCAAGCAAAUGCAGUUAGCAGAUGCAAAGUUGUUCGUUGUAUUGGGCGAAAAAUGUAGAAGCGGCAUCAAAGUAGUUGGAACCGCUGAGAGGCCAUGUGACAAAAAAUUUGAUGAAGCGAUGAACUCCCAUGAAGUUCAGCAUCUUUUGCAACCCAUGCCAAUGGCUCAGAAAUCGAAGCAGGAUGGCGACUCACCUGGCCAGGCGCUGCAAAUUUUUUGUGAUGGAUCGCAUGAGCAUGCGGCAUGGGGCAUCGAUGAGUUUGGAAACUUCAAUACUGCGCAUGAAGCCCAGUACCCCAAGAGACUGUGCCAUGAAUACUGCAAAGUUUUGGACAGCUUGAGAGACACUCCAGUUACGUCGGACACAGUUGCCAUAGAACAACAUAACACAGACAUGUCUGCACCCUCAUCACAUCGAGCGUUCAUGCAACCUCGUGGACGCAAAGUUCAACAAUUAGUUCCUGAAUUUCAGAAAGUUCUUUCGAUUGUGCUUGAACAGAUUCCCAGCGUUGAUGGGAAGAAACGGCUACAAGCCGCUCUGGGAGACAUUCCCGCUGGGGCAAAACUCCUUAGAACUGAAGCGAAACAGGGAGCCUUUUUGUGUGUUUUUGGAGUGUACCAUACAGUUCAACAGUUUGUUUGGGAGUGCCGGCAGUUACAACAUCCUUUCGAUGAGUUCAUGAACUUGCCUGACAUCCUUCUGGAAUGCGUAUACAAGGUUCUCGUCAUGGGCCCUAUUGAUGUUGCCAAAUUUCGAUUGAAAAAAAUUCAGAAAUGGCGACAGGUACGUGAUGAACUGGGCAAAACUGAGGCCGCACUGCAUGAGGCCAUCCCAGGCCACAUGAGGACUUUGGUACAAGACAAACAGUUUUUGCUUCUGGAAUAUUUGGCAAAAAGCAUUGGGUGGGGUGACGAGAGUUUGCAUGAUGAGUUGAGAGAAGGUUUCAAGUUGGUUGGUGAAGGAACACCGUCCAAUGUCUUCAAAACGGACGUUAGACGAGCGACCAUGGAUGAGAAAACGUUGAUGGAUCAGGCCAAGUUCAUUAGACCCAUGAUUUUGGGGAAAGUGAAAAAUGCCGAAAAACCGGAACACUGCCAAGAACUCAAUGAGAUCACAAGAGCUGAAGCUGGUACCAAAGGGUGGCUUGAAGGACCAUUCGAUGAGGACACUGUGAACCGCAUGCUUGGAGGUAGCUGGUUGCCGGUGGAACGUUUUGCAGUGAGACAAAAGGACAAGUUGCGUCCAAUUGACAAUUUUGCAACCAAUAGAGUGAAUGAAGCUUGGACGUGCCCUGAAAAAUUGGACUUGCAUUCACUCGACCAACUUGCGUGGACAAUCAGUGCAUUUUACAAAUUUUUUGGCACGCGUGGAAGCGUUGACAUUACCUUGAAGGAUGGACGCAGGUUGCAGGGCAAAGUUCAUUGCGACUGGUUCAAAUGUGAUGCUAAAUGUUUGAUCACCACCCUUGACUUGAAGGAUGCCUACAAACAACUAGGUAUACAUGAAUCUGACCGUAAUAAGGCGCUGGUGACGUUGAGGAGCGACAGGCACAAGGGAGUGGACUGCUACACGAUGAACUGUCUUCCAUUUGGAGCGUCGUCAUCAGUGCACAAUUUCAAUCGUGUAGCAAGACUCCUAUGGGCCAUUGGAGUUGCUGAGCUCAUGAUACCGUGGGUAAACUACUUUGACGAUUAUCCCAUGGUUUCCCCUGGUGCUGUUGCUACCUCAACCUUGAGCGCCGCAAAGAGCAUGCUACAUCUCCUUGGUUUCAAGUAUGCCGCCCAUAAACUGGAACAGCCAAAGGGCAAAUCAGAGGUGUUGGGCGUGGUUGUGGAUUGUGAAGAUGUUUUGGGAGCUGGAGUGUUGCGUUUUUCUAUGAAAGAGAAUAGGCGCCAUGAGAUACUGGAAUGCUUGGAAACCAUUCUUCAUGAAAAGGAACUGGUACCUUUCAACUUGCCUUCGGUUCUGGGACGUGUGCAGUUCGCGGACGGUCAACUUGCUGGACGGACGGGUCGAUUGGCCAUGGCCGACGUCAGAGAAAUAGGCUUGACAUCAAAGUCCAAGGUUACGUUGGACGAUGGUACCCUUGAAGCUUUUACAAUGCUCAAAAGGAGGUUCGAACAGAAUGCACCCAAGUGCAUCAGAUUGAAAGGCGACGCUACACCUGUCUUGCUGUUUACUGACGGUUCGUUCGAGCCGAGUGCAGAUGGAGACAAAGCUAUGAUUGGAGGUGUUUUGAUCAUUGAUGGUCUUCCAUGCAGAGUUUUCGGUAACCACGUGCCGAGCGAGUUGCUGAAGCGGUGGCACGAUGCGGGCAAAGAACAUUUGAUUGGACAGAUUGAGAUGUACGCCAUCGUGGUUGCACGAUUCCUCUGGAAGCACUUGCUACAAGACCGAAGGGUCAUCCUUUUUGUUGACAAUUGGGGCGUUCUUGAUUGUUACAUUCCCGGUACGUCGAAGGAGAAGACAUGGAGGGAAUUGCUGCUUUGUAUCGAAGAGAUUGACGCCAAGCACCCCAGCCACAUUUGGGCGACAAGAGUGCCUUCAGAAUCCAACGUUGCUGAUCCCCCCAGCAGGGGCCUUCUUUCUCCAAUUCAAUUCCUUGAAAAGAUGGUAGUGGACGAACCUUGUUGUCCAAUUGUCAAUGUUCACUUGAAAAGCUGUUUGGCUGAAGCGGACAAGGGUUUGGCUGCAUGA